AUGUGGGACCCACCACCAACCCCACCCACUUCAUCUUCCCCACUUUAUCUUCCUCAAUCUUCACCACCACCACCAUAUCGACCUUUCACCACCACCAACAUCCACACAUGUUACCAUGUGCACACCAAGAUUCUACCCGCUUUGAGCAAUGAUGAAAACAUCCCUACUGCUGAAUCCUUUGUGAAAAAAACCAAGAUACGUUCUUUGGGCAACCGGGAAGCCGUGAGAAAGUACCAUGAAAAAAAGAAAGUGCGAGCAGCUUCAUUGGAAGAUGAAGUGGUUAGAUUAAGGGCAUUGAAUCAACAGUUAAUGAAGAGGAUUCAAAGUCAGAUCGGGUUAGAAUCAGAAGCUGAUCAGAGUGUUGUUAAUCCGAAUUUAGCAGGUAGGUUCUUGCUAAAUCCGUGUUAUAUGCAACGAAGUGCAUCGAUGGACCCUGGUUUCGAUGUAAAUGACUGUGAUUCUAAGGUUCUGAAGUGUUUGCACAUGGUAACAUGUGUGGAUGACUGUGGUUGGUGGAUGUUGGUGGUGGUCAAAGGUGGAGAUGGUGGUGCUGGUGAAGAGUAUUAA